AUGGAGGAAUCCUUAGCAGGUAUGGCCAAGGCGAGUGAGGGGGAUGAUGGGGUUCUCCAACAACUGUUCAAAAUGUCCUUAUCGGCAAAAGAAGCAGGAGAGGCUGAAAUCACUGGGGAUGAUAUCAAAUCAAGUGAUGAGGAGUGCAAUAGAAGCUUAUUUGGUAAGGUUGUGGGUGAUAGGCAUGCUGGUCUCCUGGGAAUUAAGAGAACGAUGGGCGCCAUCUGGAGAAUGCAAUAUUCCAUGGAGGUGAAAGAGAUUAGCGAAAUCUUUUUCCAGUUUAUAUUUCUCUCUCAAGAGGAUAAAAAGAAGGUGUCUGCAGGCCAUAAUUGGAUGUAUGGAAACCAAUACUUAAUCCUGAAAGAAUGGUUUCAUGGGCUACAUAGCAAUCACAGCUGCUUUGAUGAGAUCACACUUUGGGUACAGGUUUUGAAUGUUCCUCUGAAUUGGAUGAGCACUGAGGUUGGCCAGAAGGUUGGAAGAAUUUUCAAUAAAGUUAAAAACGUGAUUGUUUGUAAGGUUGGCGGGGAUGUAGGGAGUUUUCUGAAACUGCUGGUGGCAAUCGACCUGAAAGAACCAAUUCCCAGGUGCACAUCCAUUAAACUUAGGAAUCAAAAGGUGAUGGUGGCAUUUAGGUACGAGAAAUUAGUCAAUCUAUGCUACUACUGUGGGAUGAUAGGGAAUCUGGACAGGAGCUGUAGCAAAAGAUUGAGAGACUUUGUGAAUAACUGUGUGGCUGAUGGAGGCCCAUGUGCUAAGAAUGGAGAGAUACAAGAAUUUGUGGGGGUGGCUGAGCCAACACCUAGCAAUGUGGCUAAGCAUGUGGAAGAUGAGGGAAGAAGAAUGAUGGAGGUGGAGGAAUGUGUGCAGGCUAAGGAGUUUAUUAUUGAAGAAACAGUGGGUGAACUGUGUAAAGCUGAUUUGAGAAAGAGAUCUGGGGCUGGGUGGAAGAGGCAAAUCACAUCAAAAAGUAGACUGCAGAGAGUUCCUGUGAAAUCCAGUGGUCUAGAUCAUUCUGAAAGCCUUAAGAGGAAUAGAGCUUUGGUUAUCUAUGAUGGGGUGGACAAUGAUGCAGAGGCAGAUAAUGGAGGAGUCCAGUGGGACAUGAAUCUCAUCAAAGCCCUUUUUUCUGAAGAUGAUGCAGAGAAGAUCAUGAGGAUUAAAACUCUUAACCCCAGAGCAAAAGACCAAUAG